AAAUUUAUGUUUUUUACGAGACCGGGAAAAUAUCUAAUUCAAUGAAUAGUUUAUUUUGUGCUAAUUCAAUCAACUAAAUACUACAUUACGAAACUUCUUAAAUAUUCAGAAAUAGUAUGUUAAAUCAAAUAUGGAUUACAAAAAAUAUUAUUUUUCUAUUUUCUUUAGUCGUAAUCUUAUGGCAAGUUAUUCUUGGCUCGCCGAUGAGGAUGAAAAAAGAACGAGAAAUCGAAGGAACCAAUUGGACCGAACUGGCGGAUGAAUGGAUAAGAGCAAGAGAACGCAUCUUUGAAAGAAUUAGUGUAACACUUUUGCCUUAUACAGAUAAAAUUCAUAAAUUGCCCCCAACAUCUACUAGCAUUAUCAUAGAUGAAUUAAAGUCAAAACAACUAAUGCGUAUGAAUUACUCACGUAUCCUAUGGGACAUGGAAACUAGUCAACAAACCGGACAUUUAUCUCUCUUUGUCGAUAAAGCUAUGAAGCUUUUAGAUUUACGUCAAGUUAUGAUGGAAGUUGAAACAUCUGUAAUGUCAAAAGUAUCAUGUACGGCAUGUAAAGUUGGAACUGGCUUACUGAAACACUUUAUUAAAGCUCGAAAAAGUGAAGAAGAAAUUAUGAACAGUAUUUAUCGAUUUUGUGUUUCUCUUAAAAUUCAAAGUGCAAGAGUUUGCCAAGGAAUAACUUUACUUAUGGGUGGUGAAGUAAUAUAUGUACUGAAACAAAUAGAGAUGAGUCCAGCGCAGGUUUGCAGUUUUGUAAUAGGAGAUGCAUGUGAAGAUGUUUACAAUCCACUUCAUGAUUGGGAAGUAGCCUUUCCACCAGUAAAUAAACCAGCUGUAAAACCUCCAGUAACACCACUUGAAAAUGUUCCAAGUUUUAAAGUACUACAUAUCUCUGAUACACAUUAUGAUCCAUAUUACCAAGAAGGUUCAAAUGCUGAAUGUAAUGAGCCACUAUGUUGUCGCUAUACCAAUGGUCCACCAUUAACACCUACAGCUGCUGCAGGUCGAUGGGGAGAUUAUAGAAAAUGCGAUACUCCUAAGCGCACUGUUGAUCAUAUGCUAAAACAUAUUGCAAAAACUCACCCGGAUAUUGAUUAUAUACUAUGGACGGGCGAUCUUCCACCACAUGACGUGUGGAAUCAAACAAGAGAAGAAAAUUUGAAAAUUCUACGAGAAACUGUAGAGCAGAUGGUGACUACAUUUCCGGGUAUUCCUAUUUUUCCAUCGCUUGGCAAUCACGAGAGUGCUCCAGUGAAUAGUUAUCCACCAUCGUUUGCUCCCAAAGAAAACAAUAUUUCUUGGCUUUAUGAUGAAUUAGAUAAGCAGUGGCGACGUUGGUUACCAACUGGCACCUCACACACCAUUAGACGAGGUGCGUUCUAUUCUGUACUUGUAAGACCAGGUUUUAGAAUAUUAUCAGUCAACACUAAUUAUUGCAACAAUAAGAAUUGGUGGCUUCUUAUAAAUAGUACAGAUCCAGUAAGCGAGCUGCAAUGGUUAAUUUAUGAACUACAAGGAGCUGAGAUAAAUAGUGAAAAAGUUCACAUCAUUGGACACAUUCCACCUGGUCAUUCAGAUUGUUUGAAAGUUUGGUCUAGAAAUUACUAUCAUAUUAUAAAUAGGUACGAGUCAACUAUAACAGCACAAUUUUUCGGCCACACACAUUAUGAUGAAUUUGAAAUAUUUUAUGACACCUUAAGUAUCGCAUACGUAGGUCCAUCAGUUUCACCUUAUUAUGAUUUGAAUCCCGGUUAUCGUAUAUAUUAUGUGGAUGGUGAUCAUCCAGACACAACAAGAAUGGUGGUUGAUCAUGAAAGUUGGGUGAUGAAUCUAAAAGAAGCGAAUCUUUAUGAUUAUCCCGUUUGGUAUAAAUUAUAUAGUGCUAGACAGAUUUUCCAAAUGCCAUCACUUUUACCAAAAGAUUGGGAUUCACUUAUUGAUAAAAUGACUAACGAACCUAAUGUUUUUGAUAUAUACUACAAACACUAUUACAAAAAUUCACCAGUAAGGCCACUUUGUAAUGAUGAAUGUCGGAAGAGGUUAUUAUGUGAUUUGCGAAGUGGAAGAAGUCACGACCGUAAAGCACUGUGCCAUAGUUUAGAGGCAAAAAUUGACGCUGAUACUAAAACUGGAUGGCGAGCAUGGAUUUAUAAUGGAUUAGCUUUGUCGAUGUCUGUUGUUAUGGCUAUUCCAAGGUUUGCUUACAACUUACCCAAAUAUGUAUUAGGCCUUGGAUAACAAGCCUUCAACCAUCCAUUACAAGAUUGACAUGAUAUUAAAUUUAUAAUAAAGCAACAGAACCAUAAUAUGAAGAUAGUAACAACUACUUUUCUAAUUAUUCUGCCACAACAUGGUUAAUAUUUAUUUU